AUUGUAAAGGUGCAAGUAUAGGGGUAAAGGGUAUACCCCGCGGUGUUCUUGCGGACAGCCAGUCAGCCACCAUGGCAAAAGCUCUUGAAGAAGUUGAAGUUGAAGCUAAUUUCGGUGAAACAAACAAUCUGAAGUGUUCUGACUGUGAUCCUGUGACACGGGAUAACUCAAAAUAUAUCAAGAGUUCAAAGAAGAGUACUGAUGAAUUUCAUGUAAUUGGUCCUUUUGAUGAGGAAUUCAUUUCUUUGGAUGAUGUUUUGGGAUAUAUAGCUCCAGCUUCUGGCUCUGAGCAAGAGAGCACUCAUGCUCAUAAAAGUCUCAGCUUUUUUAAGAGGCUUACUUCUGGAAACAUGAUCACAUCUGGGAAAAAGAAGUGCACUAAUAUUGUGAUGAGCAUUGCAGGAGGAUCCCAGUACAUUGGACAAUCAAGUAUUCAAAAAGUCUACCAUCAAGAAAGUGCUGUUUCAGAGUUACCACCAACCAUUGUUGAAGCAUGCAAAUUAUCUUUGAAGUGUCUGAGAGACUACAAUAAUGGCCUCAUUCAAGAAAAAUGGCUGGCAGAAACUAGUCAUCUCUUGCAAAAUGAGACCCUCACUAUUGGUGUUUUUGGCCGUCACAAAGCUGGAAAGAGCACAGUGUUAAACGCUCUUCUUCAUCAAGAAAUAUUACCUUCAGCUGUUACGAAUGAAACUGCAUUCAUUACAAGCAUUCAUCAUGAGCCCUGUUUACAUCAAACCAAUACAUGUUCAGAGGACUGUGAGCGAUUUCUUUCGAUAAUGAAGACAGAUGUGAAAGGUCGCCGUAAUGUUCGUAGCACAAUUAGAAAGAAAAAUUCAGACAUUCGAGACAAUAAGCAAUCUCCAAUGGAAGGUGAAGCAGUAACAGCACAUGUUCCUUUCCUAUGCAAAUGCUCCACUGGUAACAUCAAAAUUGUACUAUUGGAUACUCCUGGUCUUGCUGAGUCAAAUGAAUUGGGAACGUCUGAAUUAUCAGAGCACCAACUAAUGACCUGCUCUGCCUUCAUUUAUGUUAUAUCAUGUUUACAGUUGGAGGAUGCUAUUGACGCAGACACACUAAGGGCUAUAGCUGAGAGAGAUCCAUGUGUGUUUAGUGAGAAGCGCAUGCUCAUUGUUGUAACAAGGCUGGAUGAAUAUAAAAAGUCCGAACAGAAAUGUAAUGAUGAUUCAAUCCAUCAUGAAGACAGUGAUGAUGAAGAAACUGCCAGUCUUGAAGAGCUUAUAACCAGCAUAAAGAAGAAAGUACAACGGCAGUGUAAGGAUUUUGUGACCAUUCCAGAUGAUUGUAUCAUACCUGUGAGUGCUACUGGAGCUUUGGAAGCAAGGAAAGUGAAAUUAGGAGUUAAGAGUAGAGACAUUAAAAUGUUAAUACUGAAGUUUGAGAGACUCCAAGACAAAAUCACAACUGAAGAGCUUGACAAAAUUAGUCAGGUACCAUUAUUGGAGAAAAAGCUUUUUGAAGUUGCUCUUAACUCUUAUCGUUUAUGGCACUACAGCAUUGUAAGGGAUUGUUCUAGAUAUUUGGAGCAAGCUGUUAGAGAGCUCGUUGGAGUUGAAGCUGCAUUUAAGUGUGCUGAAGAAGAGUAUUUAAGGAAAGUAAAUGAAAAAGAAAGGCUGAAAGUUGAAUAUAAGAAACAAAAGAAAGAUCUUUUAUCCAAGUAUGAUAAUGGAUCAACAUUUCAUGGUUCUUUAGAAAGCUCUUAUGAUAAAGAUGUGCAGUCCCUUUAUUGUAAAAUUGAUGAGCAGUAUAAGGAAAAGUUUCAAAACUUUCAAUCUAAGAUUAAAGAAGCACCAAAAAUUACCUCUGAAGAUUAUAAAACAGAAGUUGAAAAAUUCAUUGAAGAAGCAAAUGAGUCACUGAAGAUUGAGCUGAAACACGUUCCUUUUAAAGAAAUGAAUGCCAUCAUUCAAGACUCCACAUUUGAUUUAGGUGUAGCUAGACUUGCAAUGGAACAAACUCUAGCAGAGUAUUGCAACACCACUGCAUCAGCUUCAAGAAGCAGUUUUUUAUCUGGAGGUGAGAGUGUCACUGACAUUCUUAAUGAUGAACCAGUUAGCACUGCACCACUGGAACUGAAGGACUUGUUGACCAAGAGCAAUUCCUUGCAGUAUAGUAUAAUUGACAGAAUGGUAAUUUUUGCUCAAAAGGUUUUCCUGAGGCUUAAGACUGAGCAUGAUCCAAGACGUCGUUUAUUGGAUGUGGAAAGAAAUGCAUUGCUUGAAGAACUAAAGCAAUGCCUCAUGAAUGACAGUAAAGAAUAUUUUAACAAAAUUAAACCAAAAAUAGUUGAAAGCUACCUAAUAGAACACAGAACAAUUGCUGAGCGUCACAUAGCUGAUGUAAAGUCACUUUUUUUAGAAGAAAGAAAGCAGAUAGACAAUACAGUUAAAAAUUGGGCUAAACAAGUUCUGGUUUUUCGAGAGCUAAAAGAGUCACAGUCUAUUUUAAGUCAAAGGCUUACAGAACAAAAAAGUCAUCUCACAACUCUUUAUGCUGCCAGAUUUUUAUGACCUAAUUUGAAUUUAUAUUAUUCUUAAAAUUAUGGAUUCUUAUUUUUAUUCUGUUAUUGUCUCAGUUUGCUCCAUUUUCACUAUUAAUUAACUAUGAUAUUGAUAAGCAUUAAAG